UCGGCUCAGCGCGGUUGCUGGGGCCCAGCCCAGGCGCCCGGAGUCCUAGCGGGGGCGGACGCUGGCGUCCCGGGCCUUUCCUCCAGAGCAUCCGUGCCGAAGCGGCCCGUGCUGGCACCUGGCCAGCGGCUGCAUCCCGGCGGCCUCUCCGUGGCUCGUCUGGCCGUUCAGAGGCGGGGCUGCCGUAUCCCUGCCAGGCGGGCCGAGACACAGGCCCCGGGGGAGGGGCUGAGCGCGGUUUUCGGCAGAUUCCAGGACACGUGAUUGCUGCUUAGGGUCCGCUGCAGGCGCGGUCCGCCUCGUAGACGCUUCAGCACACCUGGGAAUCGAGCCCCGCGGUGUCCACGACCAUGGCGGCGAACCUUCUGGAGGACUGGUGCCGGGGGAUGGAAGCGGACAUCCACAGGUCCCUGUUGGUCACUGGCAUCCCAGAGGACUGUGGCCAAGCGGAAAUCGAGGAGACCUUGAAUGGGGUCCUCUCCCCGCUGGGUCCGUACUUCGUGCUCAACAAGAUUUUUUUGAGGGAAGAAAAUGCCAAAGCUGCCCUCGUUGAGGUCGGGGAAGGUGUGAAUCUGAGGGCCAUACCCCGGGAGUUCCCAGGAAGGGGGGGCAUCUGGAGAGUGGUCUGUAGGGACCCCACCCAGGAUGCUGAAUUCUUAAAAAACCUGAAUGAAUUCCUGGACGCGGAGGAGCGCACCUUGGAGGAUGUGGUGCGCCUGCUUGAACUCAGCAGGGCCCCACCACCCCAGUCCCAGAAUCGGUCCCCUGAGAACUGGGCAGAAGCUUUGGGGGUGCUUCUGGGGUCUGUGGUGCAAAUCAUCUACUAUUUGGAUGCCGAAAUGCGCAGCCAAGAGGAAGCUAGGGCGCAAGAGCUUGCCGAGGCCCAAGCGGUAGCAUCCUUGGCUUCAGCAGCAGGGAGGAAGGUCAAGAAGGAGCCAGGGAGGGCUGCAGAGAGGGGCUCUGCCUUGAAGAUGGAGAACCCGGAUGGCUGGAAUGAUCUGGCAGAUGGGGCUGACGCUCCUAAACCUUUGGUUCGAAAGGCUGGAGCUCUGACUCACUCCAGGAGAAAGAAGCAGAAAAAAACUUCCAAGCAGGAACCAGUGCCUUGGAAGAAAUCCCAAGGCAGCCAUUGCCACAGCUCAGCCUCCUUGAAGCAUCCUGAAGCUGAUGAUGGUAAAAAUAUGGAGGUGUUAGAACCUGUCAGGAACAGCAAAAAGCCAUGUGCGAAGCAGGAGAGGUCGGCUUUGAAGAAGCCCCCAGUAAAAUGUGCCUGGAAGUUUCCCAGCAACCCGCCUCCUGUAGCUGCAAGCUGGGGAGUUGCCUCUGAGUCAGACCAAGAUGGUGGCCUGGAGGGCCCCCCGAAGAAGAAGGCCAUGGGCUGGGAAGACCCCAGGAAGAAGCCAGAGGUUUCAAAGAAAGGGCCAGGCUCCGGCCGGGGUGCACCAGACCAGAAGGCCCCUGGGGACCCCCAGCCCCAUGAGUCACCAACCUCAACCUCACAGGGUCCAGAGGCCAAGCCACAAGGCCCUCCGCAUGCCUCUAGUGAGAAUGACAACAAAAGUCAUUUGGGUUGUGUCAACAAGUGGAUGGAGGGGGAGGAGCAGCGGGGGCAGGUGGGGGCACAGGAACCCAAGGCGGCAGAGAGUCAGGUAGUGGGUGAGGACCCCAGUGCAGUGGAGGAAGCAGGUGACCCACCAAUUGAGGCCUCAGAGGCCGAGAGCCCUGACCCCGCCUCCUAGGAGCCCCUGAAGGCCCACACUUGGGGAUACCUGUGGAGACAGGAGGUCAGAGCAAACCCACUCACCCAUCCCUUGUUGAUGAGUGUGUCUCCGUGGUAUUCUCCAGUCAUCUCUCCCUUCAUCUGACCCAUCUCCCUCAAUGAGGAUGUCGUGUUUGGGGUCGUGUUGUUCAUCAGAGUGGGUGGCCUUGAGGCUGAAGUUUUCUGGAGGCCUGGUUGGGAGAUCAACAUGUUCAAAGACUUAGGAAGUCUCAGGAAGUGAAAAAUCUUUCCUGACACAGCCUGCUUCUCCUCUUGGGCUGUUCUGACUUAUCCACAGAACAUGGGGGGACCAUCUGCACCUGAGCAGUUGAAAGAAGACCAAGAAAGAGGCUCCAAGUUGGGAACAGAGUGCUCUUGUUGACCUUUGAUUGUUUUAGGAACUCACUUUGUAGAGAUCCAACUUUCAGCGGUGAAUGGUGUGUAAGGUCUUAGGUGGAAGGAGUUAGGGAGGGAAGUGUAGCCCUGUGCCUUUUUUCCUUGGCUGGGCCUGCUUUUUCACCUCCUCCUAGACACAGUCGCAGAGGAUGGAGAGUCACGAGGUAGAUUGGAAAAGUUCUAGAACAUUCACUGUGACUCACUCACAGGCUGGUUCACUGUUAUGGUCACCUGUGUUUGGCCUUUCUCCCCCAUUCCCUGCUUCCUUUUCUGGAUGGUGAGCCAACCUCUCUCUGCAGGGCCUGGCGAGGUAAAUAGGUCCCUUAUAUCCUCUCUCUGCUUCAACCUUUGGGUAGGUUAAGUCAAGAUCUUCCCUGCAGACUUCACUUCCUCACUCUUACUAGUUUUCAGUGUCCAUCCUCCAGUUCUCUAUCCAGAAGGUGGUAGGGUCCCUAUGCACUUAAGCCUUGAAGUGUUUGGUUUAAGGUUCUGUUAAUAAAACUGGUACUUGGAUUCCCAUUUGGGUGAAACCCUUGCAGGAAACCUACAGCCAAAAAAGAAUGAUGGGGAGGGAAGGACUCUGCCAUUCCUGGGUCCCCUGGCUCUUCUUCCAUCCUGUGCCCGCCCCCCCCCCCCCCACAAACUCUCUUUGAGGCUGAAGACCAAAUCUCCCAUUAUAGGAAGAGACAGGAAAAUAUUCUUUAAAAAUUGGCUGAUCAUUUGCACCCUCUGAAUAGACCAGAAUGCCUUGUCUCCUAUGUGUGCAGGAGGAGAGGGAGGGCCGGGUUACCCGAGCUCAAUGAUUUCCAGACUGUAUCCUGGGGAAGCCAAGCUGUGCUCAAAGAAGUUAGCCAAAUCUACUUUUUCAUGUAUUUAUUUUUUUAAAGUGACUAUUUGAAUGUAUCAUAAACCCAACAAGUCACACCAGAGACUAUCAAAAUAUUACCUUGUGUUCAUCAGUGUUUUGGUACAAGUAUCCAUUUUGUUGAUUUCAUCAUCUAUUUGCAUAUGAUCUAAUUUUCUUGUAAAUGCAGCAGAUAGGAAAGGUUCCGAGUAGAAGUUGGUCCCGCGAAUGCCCUGUCAUGAAACAAACACUCUGAAAGAAGUUUCCCUUUGUGAUCCACAUGUUAUUGUCCUACUGUGAUGCUGCGUUGUUUGAUAGCAAAACGUAUCAACACGGCACACAGUAAUUCAUAUUCUGUUAAGAGUUUCGUGGUCUGUCUUAUGACUUAACAUUUUUGUGAUAAAGGAUGUGAAUCGUUGUUAGAUGUUGUUAGUGAUUCAGCAGGUUUCUCAUGACAAUUCAUUUCAAAAUUCUGGAUGAGUCUGAGAAUGCAGGAAAAAAGGAAACAGUUUCCAUUUGCAGCUCUUCAUCUGUGAGUAUCACGGUUAUCCUCGGGUCUGAGCAAAACAAAACAUGGGAGUGAAUUGGCCUUUCAAGCUGUGGCUCUCCAGCUCCAGAUUUCAAAAUCAGGUCCAUUAGGGCUUCAUUGUAUUAACAAAUUGACACCAUGAUUAGUAAAUGUAAAUGUCUAUGUUAUCAAAUAAAGUUUAG